AAAGUAUUUUUGUCAUGCAAAAUGCAACAAUUUUGAUGAGAUGAGUGAAAAUGUAUUAACCCACUUUCAUUUGUAAGAAUGGUCAAGAGAUUCUAGGACAGUCAUCGUCAGAUAUGUCUCACAGUCACAAAUCAAUGUUGGGAGUCCUCAUUAUUGCCAUUUUAUCUGUCUUCUUCGUUGGCUCCCUGUUCUUCCUCUGUAGAAGAAAGCUCUUCCCACUUCUUAAACAAAAAUGGAGCUGUAAAGGGAGUUUGAAAGAUGAGAAAUUGAUGUUGAGGAGGUUCCAAUUGGUGGAGUUGGAGAGAGCUACCAAGAAUUUCAGCAAAGACUGCUUGUUGGGGUCUGGUGCCUUUGGUAAUGUCUAUAGAGGAACCUUCGAAGUUGAAGGUACUUUAGCAAUCAAGAAAGCUCAUGCUGCAUCAAGUGAAGCUGCUUUCGAAAGUAAAGCAUUGGAAUCUUGUGAGUUUGGUGGGUUUUGUGAAGAGACUGGAGUCGAAGGGGCUAGAGUUUUGGUUUAUGAAUAUGUAACAAAUUGUUCUUUGCUGGAGUAUAUCAUGGGGAAAGGAGGAAUGAACUUGACAUGGAGACAGAGAGUAAACAUAGCAAUUGGAACAGCUAAAGGGACAGCACCUUUGCAUGAUGGGAUCGUGCCUAGCAUAAUCCAUCGAGAUAUAAAACCAAGCAACAUCCUUGUAGGAGAUGGAUUUGAAGCCAAGCUAUCUGAUUUUGGCCUUGUGAAAUCAGGACCUGUGGGAGAUCAUCCUCAUGUCAGUACACAGAUCAAAGGAACACCAGGCUUUGGAGUGAUACUUCUGCAGCUUGUUGCCGUUAGGCCUGCCGUAGAUACAACUAAAAACCAAUCUAAUUAUCACAUCAUUAACUGGGUGAGGCCAAGUAUAGAGAGAGGCAACAUAGAAGAAAUUUUGGAUGCUAAUCUUCUAUCAGAGCCAUGCAACAUGGAGAUGAUGCUGAAGAUGGGGCAACUUGGCCUAAGAUGUGUGGUAAAAAACCCCGAGGACCGUCCUACCAUGACUCAGGUGUGGCAAGAACUAGAGGACGCCCUGUAUUCCGUUGACAGCUUCAUUGGAAAACAUCCUUCGAGAAGUUCUCGAAUAUCAUUGUUUUGUCAAUCAAUAGACCAAGACUAUUCUCAAAGUUUUGUGAGCAUAGAUGGUGUCAAGUUUCAAAGGUUUCGCGUGGAGAUGGAUAGCAUGUCCUUUCAGAGUACCAGCCUGAGAUGUUUUGAGGCAAGCAGUGUUAACAUAGAUGCUGAUCAGAGUACUUUGAGAGGAAUAAGUGAGGAAAGAAACAGAGAAGAAGAGACAAAGUUGAACUGAUGGAUUUAAUUGAGGAGAGUUAUAAUGUAAAACAGCACA